CUCCCCCCUUCUCCCAAAAAAUCCGACAUUCCUUCCUUGGAAUCGCUGCUGGGUUCGAAGCCUGCUGGAGGGUGUCUACGUCUGGAGCUCACACAUUUGUGCAACAAGGCCUCUAUCUGAAAUUAACAUCCCGUUUAUUUUUAACAAUUACAAAUAUUUUAAAGGGUUCAUUUAUCAGGACAAUGUUUGCCACUUGCAUCGUCCCCGUCUUCGUCCUGUUCGUGUGUUUCGUGGGGUGCAACCCCAAUCCGCUUGGCGAUGUAGUCGUGGACAGACGCUUCAUUCCCCCAACUUGCACGCGGCAAGCCCAAGACGGAGAUCAGGUUCGGUAUCACUACAACGCCACUUUUCUCGACGGAAAAACUUUUGAUUCCAGCCACCAGCGAGGGGCGGCCAAGGUGGGCCUUCUCGGGGAGGGUCGCCUGAUCGCAGGCAUAGAGAAAGGGCUACUAGGUAUGUGCGUCAACGAGCGGCGCAUUAUCACCGUCCCUCCGCACUUGGCCUACGGUAGCAGUGGAGCAGGUGAUGUAAUCCCUCCGGACACUACGCUGGUCUUUGAGAUCCUUCUGCUGGAUUUGUGGAACAAAGUUGAUCUGGUGCACACCAAAACCAUCAGCACCCCCAAAGACUGCAAGCGCUCAGUAAUGAGCAGCGACUUUGUGCGUUACCACUACAACGGCACCCUGCUGGAUGGCUCCACCUUCGACUCCAGCUAUGUGCGGAAGCAGACACGCGACUCCCUGGUGGGCGAGGGCUGGCUGGUCAAAGGCAUGGAUGAGGGCCUGCUGGGCAUGUGCGUGGGCGAGAUCCGCAAUAUCGUCAUCCCGCCUUUCAAAGGCUACGGAGAAAAAGGCUCAGGAGUGGAGGUUCCGCCCCACGCUACUCUGGUGUUUGACGUCCUGCUAGUGGACGUCCACAACCCCAAAGACAACAUCACCGUGGAAGAGCAGCAGGUGCCCGAGUUGUGCGAACGCAAGACCGUGGCGGGCGAUUACAUCCGCUACCACUACAACGGAACCUUCCUCAACGGCGUCACCUUUGACACCAGCUACCAGAGGAACACUACAUACAACACGUACAUCGGGAUGGGCUACGUGAUCGCCGGUAUGGACCAGGCUUUGCAGGGGGUCUGCAUGGGCGAGCGAAGGAGGGUCAUCAUCCCGCCACACAUGGCGUACGGGCAAGGGGGAGCAGGCGACGUGAUCCCGCCGUCCGCCGUGCUGGUCUUCGACAUCCACGUCAUUGACUUCCACAACCCGAGCGACAAGGUGGACGUGCAGGUCCUCCACCGACCUGAAGCCUGCAACCACACUAGCGAGGUGGACGACCUGGUCCACUACCACUAUAACUGCACCCUAGUGGACGGCACGCGCCUCUUCUCUUCGCACGAUUACGAGAGAAUGCAGGACGCGGUGCUGGGUGCGGACAAGGUGAUUGACGGGCUGGACAAGGCCUUGCAGGGCAUGUGCGAGGGCGAGAGGAGACGGGUCACCAUCCCUCCUCACUUGGGCCAUGGAGAAAAAGGAGCUACGGGCGUGCCGGGCAGUGCCGUGCUGGUGUUUGAGAUUGAGAUGGUAGGCGUGCAGAAGGGCGUGCCGCCCGGUUACCUUUUCGUGUGGCUGCAGGACACACCUGAAGAUUUGUUCCAGGCCAUGGACGUCAACAAGGACGCAGCUGUACCACAGGAAGAGUUUGCCGAAUUCAUCAAGCUGCAGGUGUCGGAGGGCAAAGGUCGCCUAAAGCCCGGGAUAGCGGCGGAUCAGGUGAUCGCCGACAUGUUCGCCAAUCAGGACCGAAACAAAGACGGCCAAAUCACAGCCGAAGAGCUCAAAUUGAAGGUGGAUGAGGACAACGAGCGGGAGCAGCACGACGAGCUGUGAUAGGUGGCGCCGCCGCCUUUCCUCUUGUCGUCUCAGGGACACACGUUAAGGGCACACGACAGACUUUUUUGUUUGUUUUUUUUGGGUGUGUCUUCUUCUGUGUUGACAGGCUUUUUUGUUUCAGAAGAAAACAAGCACCGUAAAAGUUACAUGAUUUGAAAUGUCCUUUUUCAGACGCAUUAAAAGUCAAACCAUU